CACUCUCUCUCUCUCUCUCUCUCUCUCUCUCUCUGUGUGUGUGUGUGUGUAUAUUAAGGAUUAACUCGUUGUCUGUCAUGUUUUGCGCGGAUUUCUCCAUCUCCUGUGUGAGCAGUAACUGCUGCAGAUCUGUACAUUCAUAAACGCGUGUGGAAUACGAGAGCGCUUCAGAUGUUUGUCCCCGCGCGUCCUGCGCGUCUCCGGUGCGUCUGUGCGCGACGCGCGGCGGUUCUGGCGCAUUGAAUGUAAAAUCUCCGGAUAAAAGACAAUACUCAUGUCUGAUUGAAUUGAUGAAGGAACAUACUGAGAGAAACACACUUUUGCUCUGCGGGAAUUAUGGCUGCAUCUGUGGUGUUGGUGCUGAUGGCUUUUGGUUGGGUGGAGGGGUCGUCUCUGUAUCUCUCAGAUGGUCGCUUCCCUCGUCUGGCUCUGGAGAAGUCUCUCGUCUGGACGUCUAAAGACACACAGUGUCAUCACAUGCUGAAACAUCUACACAACGGCGCUCGCAUCACAGUCCAGAUGCCGCCCAACAUCGAGGGUCACUGGGUGUCCACGAGCUGUGAGGUGCGGCCCGGUCCGGAGUUCAUCACUCGCUUAUACCGAUUCUUCCACAACAACACCUUUCAGGCCCAUCAGUUCUAUUAUGCAGACAACCAUUGCACAACUCCGACAUACACGCUGGUGGUGCGUGGCCGUUUGCGACUGCGCCAGGCGUCCUGGAUCGUGCGGGGUGGCACAGAGGCUGACUACCAGAUCCACCGCACACAUGUGAUCUGUCACUCCACAGCCGUGGCCAAAGACCUCAGUCAGAGGCUGAAGCGCAGCUGUAGGGGACCCAACAGGGAUCUUGGCCCCUGGGUGCCGAAUGUAGGUUAUGAGUUGUGGAGCGAGGAGGGCGGUUGCGACUGCUCCAGAGGGCUCAAUUUUGCCAUGCAUGAACUGCAGCUGCUGCGUGUUGAGAAGCAGUACCUGCAUCAUAAUCUUGAUCAUCUAGUGGAAGAACUCUUCUUAGGAGACAUUCACACUGAACCAGCACAGAGGAUGUACUACAGACCCUCCAGUUACCAACCGGCACUGCAGAACGGCAAGAACCAUGAUCUCAGCUGCAUCGCCUGCCGCAUCAUCAGCCGCUCAGAUGAGUUUCAUCCGCCUGUUCUCCCACCACGGCCGGACCUGACGGUGAGUCUGCACGGGCAGUGGGUGUCCCAGCGCUGUGAGGUGCGGCCGGAGGUUCUCUUCCUCACACGACACUUUAUCUUCCACGACAAUAACAACACGUGGGAGGGUCAUUAUUAUCAUUAUUCUGACCCGGUCUGCAAACACCCCACGUUCAGCAUCUACGCCAGAGGACGCUACAGCUGCGGACUUCAUUCAACCCGUGUGAUGGGUGGCACAGAGUUUGUAUUUAAAGUGAACCACAUGCGUGUGAUGCCCAUGGAUCUCGCCACCACGUCACUGCUGAACGUCUUUAACGGAAACGAGUGCGGCGUUCAGGGCUCUUGGCAGGUGGGUGUGGAACAGGAUGUUACUUCGACCAAUGGCUGCGUAGCGCUGGGGAUACGCCUCCCGCACACGGAGUACGAGCUCUUCCGAAUGGAACAGGACGUUCACGGAAGAUACCUGCUCUACAACGGACAGCGUCCCAGUGACGGAUUCAGUCCAGAUCAUCCAGAGAAGAGAGCCACUUCUUACCAGAUGCCGCUGGUCCAGUGUUCCGCCAGCAGCCGGAGGUCAAAGGUCAACACGGGCCAAGACGCAGACCGGCUGCAACGGCUAAGCAACGGUUAUGACAACCUGCCGACGACAGUGGCGGUGAUCUCGAGUGUGGCGUUUGUGGUUUUCUUUAGUUGACGGAGUUAAACAGAGACAAACAGAGCAGACAUUUUUGUAAACGCCAACUUGGCAAAGACGUGAGAUUGAACAUGCUUAAGCACUCAUAAUGACCCAGAAUGCACUUGGGUCUUACGUUUUUGACAUUUUAUCUGAAGAGCCUGGAUGAUAAUAAAUGAGAUGCAUCAAAUAAAAAUUGCUGCACAACAGUAAACGCACUUUGUCUACUAGAACGAAGAUGAACGUUUUCACUUCUGUGUACCCGCAGCCGACAAGACUAAGUAUCAUUAUAUAUGGCUGUUUGGAAAUGAGUCUUAAAGGAAAGGUUCACCAUGUCAUUAUUUACUCACCCUCAUGUUGUUCCAACCCCAUAUUUUGUUUUCUGUAGAAAAGCUGUCAAGCUCAAAAAAGGACAAAAAAAAAAAACACGAUAAAAGAGGCAUUAAAGUAUGGCUAUUACUCCAAGUCAUACAGGGAAAAUUAUCGGUGAAUAAAGCUUUAAAUUUCAGUCUAUUCCUCGUACAAAGCUAUCUACGGAAGCCACGUUCUCUCUGGCCAAAUUUGUCUUUUUUUUUCUCUCUGAAAUUUUUUUCUGAAUUUGUUUGCUAUCAUACAAUUAACAUGUGGUACCAACCUCGGCCACCAGCUGCCACUAUCAGUAAGCAUGACAUCAUAUAGCUAUAGUAUAAUACUAUAACAAGAAUGUUUUGCAAAACAAUGUUAAAAAGUCUCCUAAUACAGGAAAUCCCACAAUUAAAUGAACACAUCUCAGGUUUCAUAUGACAUUUGUCGUCAAGUGUGACAACGGGAGUUAUUUCUGAUUGUUUGAUGACCUUCCCCACAUUCUGUCACAAGAUUUCAUGCUUAAAAAAAGAUUUCAGAGAAAACAAAAAAAAAAUUCGGAAAAAAAUGUAUUUAUUUUGGUUUUCCAGAGAGAGAGAGAAAAAAAAUUGCCGGAGUGGGAAAACAAAAA